CUUUACAUCCAUUCAUCUUCCUCACUCUCGUCUUUUUCUCUCGCUCUCCAAAUUCAUUUUCAGAGCUUUCGUGCUGCAUCAAAGGAUUUGGGAUCGUCUUGAAGAUCACAUUAUCAGAAUUUCUUCUCAGUGUAUUUUAGCCUUGAAGAUCCAAAAGGAGUGCCUGUGAGCGAGACAGAGGAAGGAAAAUGGAAAAGGGACUGUUAGAUAAAAACAUAAAGAUGGUAUAUAAUGAAGAUCAAGAUCAUUUACACAUAACAUGGAGUGUGUUUGCUCAAGAAGUGAAAGAGGCUUGUUAUGUAGCAGGGCCUAUGGUGGCUGUGAAUGCUUCAACCUUCUUUCUGCAAACUAUUUCUCUAAUGAUGGUGGGUCACUUGGGUAAACUUGCUCAGUCUGGUACUGGCAUUGCCACCUCUCUUUGUGCUGUUAUUGGCUUCAGUGUCAUUUUUGGAAUGGCUUCCGGACUUGAAACACUGUGUGGGCAAGCCUAUGGAGCUAAGCAAUAUAAGAAGUUUGGCGUUCAAAUUCAAACUGGCAUCUUCUGUCUUAUUUUAUGUUGUCUUCCUUUGAGUGUGUUGUGGCUUAACUUAGGGAAGCUACUGGUUUUGCUUGGUCAAGACCCUUUAAUUUCACAUCAAGCUGGUGAAUUUGCAGUUUGUUUGAUUCCUGCUCUAUUUGGUUAUGCAAUACUUCAAGCCUUGGUUCGAUACUAUCUCAUGCAAAGUUUGGCUACUCCUCUUCUACUCUCUUCCUUGUUUAUUAUAUGCUUCCACAUAGUUUUUUGUUGGACACUAGUUUUUAAAUCUAAUGUGGGUCGCUUUGGAGGAGCAUUUGCUAUUGGUACUUCAUAUUGGUUGAAUGUGAUCUUACUUGCAUUACAUAUCAAAUUCUCUAAAUCUUGUGCAAAGACUCGGGCUCCUAUUUCCAUGGAGCUUUUCCAAGGCAUUAGAGAGUUCUUUCAAUUUGCUAUUCCUUCAGCUAUAAUGGCUUGCCUCCAAUGGUGGUCAUAUGAGCUGACUACAUUGCUUGCUGGUCUUCUACGACCAAACCCAGAACUUAAAACUUCAAUCUUGUCCGUAUGUGUAUCAAUGACCGCUACAAUCUAUUUUAUACCAGAAUCGGUUGGCUCAGCAGUCAGCGCAAGAGUUUCGAAUGCAUUAGGAGCUGGAAGUCCACAAGCAGCAAGAUUGUCAGCCUUAUGUUCUAGGAUUCUAGCAACAUGUCAGGCUAUUUUAGUGGGCUCAAUCAUUUUUGCGGGCCGUAAUGAUUUAGGUCAUGUUUUUAGCAAUGAGCUAGAAGUGAUAGACAGUGUCGCAAAUAUAGCUCCUUUUAUAGUUAUGUCUGCCUUUAUGGACUCCUUACAAGGCACCCUUAUAGGGAUUGCUAGGGGAAGUGGGUGGCAGCACAUAGGGGCAUAUGUGAAUUUUGGAUGUUAUUAUGUUGUUGGAAUUCCACUUGCUGUAAUCUUGGGUUUCUGGGUAGGCAUGAGAGGAAAAGGCCUUUGGCUUGGAGUAACGAGUGGUACAAUUUGCCAAGUGAUUGUGCUAUUAACCAUAAUUAGUCAUACAGAUUGGAUAAAAGAGGCAAGACGGGCUAGGGAGAGGACAUUGCAGAGAGCUUCAGCAAGAAGAAGAUGUUUUGGCUUGAGCAGUCAGUGUAUUAUAUAUUUGUUGAGCCAAUUAUCAUCUUCUUUGUGCAAAGUGAGAUAUAUGAUUGAAAUAAAGAUGGGCCGGGGAUCAAGCUUUCACACAUCGACAAUUCCUAUAUUGUCUCCAUCAACCUGUAAAGUUGAAAGUUUAAUGUAAAGCCACAAGCAAUAGCGUGAUUUAAACAAUGCAGUCAAGUCGUUCAAACA